AUGGAAGACGAACUUGAAUGGUAUGCUCACACGGGAUAUGGACACUUCGGAAUCAAGAAAUAUAUGUCCUAUAUGAAUAAGUUUUAUUAUUUCAAGAAACUAGGACAUAAAAUAGCAUCUUUGAUUAGAACCUGUGAAACUUGCCAGAAAGUAAAAGAGAAUAACACUCACGUGAAAUACAGAAUGUAUCCUAUUAUUCAAUGUUGGUCAAAAUAUGUUAAACUAUUUCCCAUUAAAAGAGCAAAUACAUGGACGGUUAUCCACUGUUUACAACAAUACUUUCUAGAAGUAGGUAAACCAAAACUGUUUCUUAUGGAUAACGGACCACAAUUUGUGAGUAACAAAUUUAGAGAAUUCCAAGCAUGGGAAGGUAUUCGACAAGUGUUAAUAUAA